AUCAGAUUCAUGUAUUUAUUUAUUCUGUCAAAUGUUUAAUGAAUACCUCCAAUGAACGUGAUAAAUCUGACGGUCUCUGGCUUAUUGGAGUAUUACACGGUCGCCAUGGAAACUGGACUAACAAAAGUUGACUAGUCUUUAUAAACCAGUGAAAGACCAUGCAGUAAGGUGAAAAAACUCUGUUUUAAUAAAAUUAAUAUAUAUACAGUUAUUUUGGUGUUAUGCAUCGUAUCUUUAAAAAAUAGUACAGUAUUGUGUAAUUUGUUCAUACGUAUAUAACGUAAGGCUGAUUCAGGAUGAAUGAUGUAAGUGCUGGUAUUCACGAAUCAAAUUAAAAAGCCUCUGAGGAUCAAGAUCCUAGUUUCGUGAGAGUAAAAUGAAUAAAGGGGGUCAGACUCGAAAAGGAUCACCACCGGGAGGAUUUAAAUCGUCCAAGAGCCUUCAGAGCAAAUCUGCGUCUGCCAACGCCAUCUCAUGGUCAGAGACUGAAGAUGGAUGUUUUAAGAAUAAAAACAGUGAUGAUGACAAAAGAAAACACAAGGGAACCAGAUACAUCACAGAAGAUCUAAUCAGGAGAUUGACUAAAUGUGACAAUUUAGCCCUCGUGCAGACUCUGGAUCUGUCUACGUCUAUGACUAAUGACAAACACUUUAGGUAUAUUGAAAACUUGGACAAGUGUGAACAUCUGCAGGUUCUCAACCUCAGUAACAAUGGGAUCGAACGAAUCGAGAAACUUGAAAAACUAUGCAAAUUACGAGAACUCCACCUUUCCAAUAAUGCAAUACAAAAAAUUGAAGGUCUAGAGCACAUGCCAUGUCUUCAGAUUCUGAAUUUGGCCUUCAACAACAUUGACCAUCUACCGAUGUGGUUGGCAAAGAAGCUUAGAUCCCUUCAUACUAUAAAUCUACAGGGCAACAAGAUAUUCUCGCUUCACGAGAUGGCUAAACUGAAGCUUUUGAAGAACCUGACGAGUCUUACAUUAGCAGAGAACCCUGUUGCAGGCUUGCCCCACUAUCACCUCUUCCUAAUCUUUCAUCUGAGGUCGCUGGAGAUACUAGACGGACAGCCAAUCAGUGCACAGGAAAGAGAGGAGGCCAAUCGGCGUUUUCACAUGGAGGAGGUGGAGCAUCUGGAACAAGAGCUUGAGUUGAAGGCUGAGGAGAUUUCCAGGUUGCAGAGAGAGCAGACAGCAGCACUGGAAGAAUUGAAGAGGCAGGAAAGAGCCAAUCAAAACCUGCGGCAGAAAACCCAGGAGCAGGAGCGCAACUAUGAAGAGCUCAGGAGAGAACUGGACACUAAAUCUGAAUUGCUUCCACUUCACACUCCUCUGCUGGAUUCUCUGUGUCAGCUAAAGCAGAAGACAGUGGAGUUGACCCGAGCCUGUCAGAAACACUAUGAGCUGGAGCAGGAAUUGGCCUUUCAUAAAAUAGACGCCAAGUUUGAGCCUCUUCCAUUUUCUCCAGACCCUCAGGUGGAGAUGGUGAACCUGUCUAGCGAGAGUCCUUACAUAGGAAAGGCUUGUCAGAAAAGGAAUAAAUUGAAUAUUGCUUUAGAGGAGAGAGGUGCACAAGACCAAAACCAGCACCUGACAGAAAUAGAUGCCCCACGACAGGAUGGCGUGUCCAGAAAUGCCCAGCUCAGAGCUGAGGAGCGAUUGCAGAUAUUACAUGAAGAAAUCGAAGAUAAAGAAAAGCAAAUUCUCAAAGUCAGUGAGGAGCUUCGGCAGCUGGAGGAGACAGUUUCUCAAAGACGGAUCGUUGAGGCGGAGAAGGAUCAGCUCAGGCAGGAGCUUCAGAGGAGGAUACAGAGACUGGCAGCUCUGAGAGAAGAGAUGAAGAUCCUGGAGAAACAACAAGACAGACAGAACACAGAGAAGAAUCAAGCCCAGGAUGAAAUGGAGGAGCUGCAGAGUGUUUUACAAGGCCUGGAUCCCAGUGACCCCAGAUAUGACCAUGUGAAGGCUCGGCUGUCUAAGACGAAACAGCUGCUGGCCAUCAUGAGCAGAAAACACCAGGAGCUGGAGAGCAGGUUGGAUGAUAUGAUCACACGCAUCCACAAUGAAACUCAGGAAAUUAAAGAAUUGGAGCAACAACUUACUGAUGGUCAAAUAGCAGCUAAUGAGGCGCUCAAGCAUGACCUUGAGGGCAUCAUCGCAGGGCUCCAGGAGUAUCUGCAGGGAGUUAAGGACCAAGCACGAAGGGCCCAGUCCCAAUGCAGGCAUCUGCAGAGGGAGAAUGAGGCUCUACAGCGUCUCCUUCGUGAGAAGGAGCUACUGUGCACGCAACUGGAGACAGAAGCACUGAAUGCCGAGAGCUCCCAGAAGGAGCUUAAGCGUCAGCAGCAGGAGUUGGAGGGUCUGAGGAAGGAGAAUGAGGAGCUCAGGCGGGCUCAGGGGCAGGUCAGUGAAUAUGAGACAGAACUGGAGAGACAGUGGCAGGAGAGAGAUAGUCAGGCCACACAACUGCAGGAGGAGCUGGACAGACUGCGUCGACUCAGUCAGAUGGAGCACUCUGCACUGCAAGCGGAGCUUCAGAAGGAACGGCAGGCUAAAGAGAACGCUUUAACACGGAUGCAAAUGGCUGCCGACAGAGAACUGGAGAACGGGGAACUACUGCAACAGGUCAACGCUCUACAGGAGGAGAAAGACUUCCUUAAAGAGAAGGUAGUUGCACUUCAGAGUGAUUUGGAGCAGGCCAGGGCCAAACUGCUGUGUCCAGUCCGAUUGACGAAAGAUCUCGAAGAGCUGAAGAGCAGCAUAUCUGCAGGACAGGAGGAAUUGAGGUUUGAAGACCUUGGAGAAGCAGUGAACAAGAGUUUCAUGGAGCUGCAACAGGAAAUCCAUCGUGUGGUAUCAGCAGCCCAGAGAGACAGAGAUGAAGCUCAGCAGAGCCAAGACGUGCUUACUGGAGAGGUGAGAUCUCUCAGAGAGAGACUAAGGAGAUACCAGGUGGAGCAGACUCAGCAGGCAGCAGAGAGGCAGAAUGAGGAGGCGGAGCUCCAAAGAUUGAGGGAGGAGCUAGAAGAUGCCCAUGAGCAGCAGUACUUGAUGCUGCAGCGCCUAGAGGACACAGAGAUUGAAAGGGACCGCCUGCUUGCCGAAUUAGAGGAGCAAGAUAAACAGAUGAAGGUUGAGGAGAGCCAGACUCAAGAGCAGUUUGAGAAGCUCAGAAGAUCAUUCUCCACGGCUGACAGAAUGGCUGCUCAACAACUCAACGCCGCCAAAGACAAACUUCACUCUCUCCACAGCACUAUAGAGAAGAUACAUCUGGAGAGAACAGAGAAUGAAGAGGAGCUCGAGAGCACCAAAAUUCAGGCUGCUCAAGCCAUUCAGGGCUUGACUAAUGCUGAAGCAGAGAUCCAGGUUCUCCAGAAGCUUCUGAGAGAUAGGCUUCACGAGAUGGAUGGAAGCCCCCGCAACGUCUCAAACUCUAACUUUCGACAGCAAGAAUUGGACAGAUUAAACCAAAGCCUGAAAAAACAACAAGCCCAGACCAAACGCCUCAGAGGUCAACUUGCUCAAGCCAACGAAGCUAACAAUGAAAAUCUGCAAGAGCUUUUGGAAGAGAUCGGAGCUCUGCGGGAAAAACUGCUGCAGCAGAAUAACUACCUGUCCAGUUUAGGACAUCCCAGACCCAACACUGGAUACUGGUACUAUGUACCGUCAAACCAAAAUGCUCCUAGUCUGGGAUCUUUAGGCACACAGGACUCAGGAUUAGAUUCUGUUCACCAUCAUUCCUCAGAAAAAGGUCGGCGGUCCAGUCACAGAGCACACAGGGAUAAAAGACCACCUGUUAAUGGUGGAUACUGGGUUUAUUCCCCACAUCCACACACUCGUGCCAGAAGAGAUGCUCAGAUGUUCAGAGACAGUGGAAGAGAGAGCGAUGGGGAGGGUGUGUCUCCUAUUGCGGGCACUGCUGGGUUUACUGUCCCUGAUGGUGCCGCUCCUCUACCUCCUUCUAGCUCAGUUAUGUACAAUCACACUUUACCUGGCUUUCCCAUUGGAUCAAGUACGGUUCUGUACGGGCCGCCCCCUGAUGGAGCCAGGCUUGUAUACGGGCCUCCUCCCAGCAAUCUUACUAUUCCUCUGGUGCCCAAUGGAACGCUGCAUUGUAAUGUGCCUGGACAUCAGGAUUUGGAGCGAGAUCUUAAAAACGCAGAGCACAGACUGAGAGAUGAACAUGCCGAUAGACUUCACAGUGAGAAAGCACAGCUCGCGCUGCGGGAGAAAACAGCAGAUCUGCAGAGGGAAAUCAAACGUCUGCGCAGAACUGUCCACACACUAAAGCACCACAUGAGUGGGCCGGAAAGCUCUGCAUCUCACGCAGAGGAGGAGCAGUGCUUGUCGGGAGAGGUGGAGUGCGUGGAGAAGACACUUUUGAAGCGCAGAGCCGAGCUCAGGGAGGCUGACAGACUGCUGCUUGAGGCCGAGACAGAGCUCAGAGACACCAGAGCCAAAACUAAAGAAAAUCUGCAGCGUUACAAUGAGGCCAGGAGACAAGCGGAAGAGACAGAACGAGAGCUGGUGGAGAUGGAACGGAGAGCUCGAGACAGCGCUACAAAGCUGGUACACGGCAAACAACAGCUCAGGAAUCUUCAAGAGGAAGUUCUGGAGCUACAGAAAAGGAAACAGGAACAUGAACACACCCUACAAGAGGCGGAGGAGAUAAUCACAUGUCGAAAUGCAAAGUUUCAAGAAGUCAACAGAAAGCUGGAACGAGCGACUGACAGACUGGAGGCCGUACAGAAUGAGCUGAAUGAGAGCCAGAACCUCGAGGCCAAACUUCUUCAAAGCUGCAGAGAGGCGGAGAACAACCUAACACAACGGCAAACACAACUGGACAUGAUCAGCACACAGGUGGACUUACGGCAGGAGGAGCUUUCGUUGCUGGAUAGGAAGCUGGAGCAAUGGAAACAAGAAGAGGAGGUGCUAAGGGUUAAUGUGGAGCAGCACAGGCAAGGACUAUUAGAUGUGCUCAGACAGGGAGAGGAGGACGUCCAAACCUUACACCAGCGCAUUCAGGAGCUACGUGUGGAUGUGCAGACUUUGGCCGUGCAGAAGGGAGAGCUGGACUCUCAGCUGACCGAGGGGAGGAACAGACUGACGCGGUAUAAGAAAGAUCAGCAAGAUGAAGAGGAAACUUUGCAGAACCUCAGAUCAACUGUCAGCAAACAUAAAGCAGAGCUGGAGCACGUGAUGGAAAUGGUCCAGUUGGCGACUGAGGAAUUAGAGGAUGUAAAGAUGCAACAGGACCAAAAACUGGACCAGCUUGAGAAGAGCCAAGACACUCUCCUUCAGGUCCGUGCAGAGCUCCAGCGUGUCCAACAAGAGUUGAAAGAGCAGUAUGGAGAGACUGAAAGACAGAUGAACCUGCUGGAGAAAGAGAGAGCGGAUCUCCACGCGCUCCAACAACAGAGUCUUGAACUACAACGGCAAACAGAGACGGCAGUCAGAGACCGGAGCAGCUUGCAGGAACAGUGCAAAAACCUGGAAGCCAGACGUAUGCAUGCGCAGAGGUGUUUGGAGGCUGUGGAGAAGAAGGUGAGGACAGCAGAGACAGAGCUCCUCGAAAGAAAGGCAGAGCUCGACAAACUUCAGCAGGACCGGAAACAUGCACACGAACUCCAGCAGGAGAUCAGCAGAGAUGCCGCAGCCAAGCUCGAGGAAGAGGUGAACAGAUUAAAGAAACAGCUGGUUGAAUCUCAAACUCAGUUGGAUGAGAUCAAAGAGGAGGUGAAGGUCGCAAAGAAGCAGCGAGAUGAUCUUGUGAAGCAGCAGAAGGAUCGAAAGGCUGAACUGCUGGAGAAGGAGGAGAAGAUCAGUAGAAGGAAACAAACACUGGACAAACUGGGCCAUCAGUUACGGGAGCUAAAGGCAGAAGUAGCCGAGAAACAGACACAGCUUGAAGAAUGUGAAAAGCUGAUCAGGGUACAGCAGCAGGAGAACAGUGAUUUGGAGCAGCAGCAGAGACUGACGCAGCAGAUGUUGCAGUCGCAGCUGCAGGCAGUAGAGGGAGCUCUGGCACUGAGACUCGAGCAGGUGCAGCCGGUCACGGAUGCAGCUGCAGAAAUGCAGGAGGACAGGGCUGUAAGGUCGCCGUUGGGAGAGGAGUUGAGGGAGCUUGAGUCGCCAUCAAACACCUCCUCAGACACAGACAGCCUGAAAGAGAACCAUUUAGCUGUGAGGAAACCAAGCUACAGUACUAAGGAUGAGCAGUGGCGUGGAGAAGCACUCAGGGAGAGAUUGAGACACCAAGAAGAUCAUUUAAAGGUCCAGCUGCGCAGACGCAUGUUCUCCCAGCAGGAAGCUCUGAGUCAACACAGACUGCAGGCGGAGGGCACCAUCGAGGGUUUGCGCAGACAUGUCGAUAAGUUGGACCAGCUCCUGAGCGACUCUACCAAAGACCAGGAGGGAUUCCUCACUAAAAACGGCAUUGUUAGCAAUCAGAUGAUGAAACCAUGUGGUUACAAAGGUGGGCAGAUCUGGUCAGAGGAACCGUUAUAGACGAAAAGAACGUUGGGAGCUGCGAGUCACAUUAACGUGACGGAUUCAAUGUGGACGCCCUCGGAUUCUUGUGUCGGUCACAGCAGCGACUGGAGGAGUCUCAGGCUUGUUUAAACCAAAUUGAAGUUGGAUGGCUUCAGCACUUUCCAUAUACAAAUGAAGGAACUGAAACUCGAGCUUAAAAAUGCAGUGAAGGUUAACUUUCUACCUCACUCGGCAUUUUUGGCUGUGGUAGAGAUUAUUUUUAUUUAUGUGCCUCGAUCACCUACAAAUUAUUUUCUGUUUACAGGCCAAAAUAAAGAAACCAGAAAUAAGGUUUCGUAUGUUAUAAUGCAAUAACAAUGCUCACAAUUUAAAUGUGAACAGGUUUAUUACAUAUUUAUAUAUAUAUAUAUAUUUACUAUCAAAAUAACCUUGUAUUCAUGAUGCAGAGUAUUUAUUACAGCACUUCUGUA